CACUGGGUUAUUCUUGAGUUCUGGUAGCAGCAUUGCUGAGGUUCACAUCACUUUUCCUUUUUUUAAAAAAAAACCUAAUCGACUUUUUGUAGGCUGGUCCCGCUGGUGCUUUGAUUGCCUACUGUGUUGUGGGAUUUAUGGUAAUUGACCUCAACUUUGAUUUCUCAAUUAAUACAGUUCGACUUAUUUUGUGAUGAUAGGUGUAUUGUAUUAUGACAUGUCUAGGUGAAAUGGCUACCUUCAUGCCUGGUAAAGCAAUUUAUAAGCUUCUGGCAUAUUCAGUGUACUCAUUGGUUGUUAUAGUAUCCGGUUCAUUUAAUCAUUAUGCAACAAGGUUCGUUGAACCUUCACUCGGUUUUGCUUUGGGUUGGAAUUAUUGGUUCUCAUGGUCUGUUACAAUUGCUACAGAACUUGCUGCAGCUGCGACCAUUAUUAAAUUCUGGGGUCAACUUAUGCCUGACCCUGCAUGGUCAACCAUCUUUUUAGUGCUAAUCGUUGCUGUCAACUUUAUGGGAGUUAGAAUCUAUGGUGAACUCGAAUACUGGUUUGCCUUGAUCAAAAUUUUAAUUGUUAUUGUGUUCAUUAUUAUUGGUAUCCUUGUUGCUGCUGGUGCUGUUGGUGGCCAUGUAAUCGGUUUUGAGUACUGGAAAAAUCCUGGUGCUUUUAACAACGGAGCAGUAGGCACCAUAAGUGUAUUACUUUCCGCGGGUUUCUCGUUUCAAGGAACCGAAAUUGUCGGUAUCACCGCUGGUGAAGCCAAGAACCCUACAAAGACUGUGCCAAGGGCCAUUCGUAACACCUUCUGGCGUAUUCUUGUUUUUUACAUUUGCACUAUCUUCUUGAUCGGUUUGUGUAUUCCUUAUAAUGAUGAAGGAUUAACCAACCCUGAUGGCGGUGCUGGUACUGCCUCUUUCACUUUGAUUUUCCAAGCUGCUGGUAUUGAUGUCGGCGCCCAUAUCAUUAACGCAAUUGUCCUUACAAGUGUUUUAUCUGCCGCCAACUCUUCUUUAUACACUACUUCUCGUACCCUCCUUGGUCUUGCAAGAGAUGGCAACGCACCUGCUUUCCUUGGCCGUGUGAAUAAAUACGGUGCUCCUUUUUGGGCUGUCAUCGUUUCCUCUGUUAUUGGCUUUGCCUGUGUCUUUGUAUCGAUUUAUAGUGCUGACAAGGCUUUCGUUUGGUUCCAAAAUAUUACUGCGGUCUCAGGUUUCAUCAGUUGGGCUGGUAUUGGUGGUGUUCAUAUUCGUUUCCGUCGUGCUUAUGUUCGUCAAGGCAGAAGUAUAGCUGAGCUUCCUUACACAGCAAUGGCCUAUCCCUUCAGUGGUCUCUUUUCUUGUAUUCUCGCCAUCUUGAUCGUCUUGGGUCAAGGUUACGAUGCCUUUACUCCCCAAUUUGAUGCUGUUCAGUUCUGUACUAAGUAUGUUGGUAUCGUUCCAUUUAUCUUGUGCUAUGUCAUUCACAAGGUUGUUACAAGAAAGAAGUUGGUUGCCUUGGAGGAAGUUGAUUUCGAAACAGGUCGUGUCACCCGAUUUGAUAUUGAAAAAGACGCCGAAGUAGAUGAACAUAUUCCUCGUUGGAGACGUUUUUUCAACUUUAUAGCCUAAAACGUCAUACAAUACCCUCUGUUACUCUCUUUCUCUCUUUUUUUCUUUUGCUCUCUGAAUUGAAUAUACACCAUUUUACUUAUUAUAAAAACGUAAUUUAAUCAAGUUAUAGACUAUAAACAGCGUCCUCCAUUUGGCAGUGUGUAACUCAUCUUGAAACAAAGUUACACAAAUUUACAACUAUUCCGCGCUUGAAAAGUUGCACACUCGUACAUAGCUUGACCCUGAGGGCUUUCAUUGUAUAGUUUUUAGAAAUUUUGUGAGUGCAUAAAAGUAAAUAAUCUUAUAAAAUAAAGCCCUUGUUUUAAUAGAUUGUUUAAAUAUAUAUAUAUAUAUAUAUAU